ACAAAGCGAAUUGCUAACCCUUCCCCCGCCGCCAGUUAAAGUUUCAAAAGUAAAAAAGAUCUGCCGAGUGAACACGUGACGAUUCGACUGAGUCAAUCAUUUUCUGAGUUCCUUAAUAAUUUCGUAGAUUAUAGUUCCGCCAUGAGUUUAAGUUUUCUGUGUGAAGAGACAUCUUGGUCUAAACAUGUCUUUUUGCCACUGAACGAUUUAAUUAAGGCUACUUUGGAAAAACAAGAUUUCCUCAACCAACUCGAAUCAUUGAUUACACUUUCAGUCAGGUUGAUUAGAAAAGAAAUUGCUAAUGUUGAAUCCCUGCCAAAUAUCAACACAUUUGUGAAUUUACUCGAAGAGUUUGUUUUUAACUUGAAUGAAAUUCAUGCGUCUUCAGAUAAGGCAUUACCUGAUUUUGAUGUUAAAAUAACACCACUGAUUUAUACAUAUGCUGAAUUAGUAGUAGUUCAGUCGAGACUCGGUGACUGUCAGAGGGAAUAUGAGGUGAAACUAGUUAGAUUUCUAAAUAGUUUGCCAAUACACCCAACUCUUCACAUCACUCCAUGCCAUCGCACAGCAGCAUUCUUGACCAGGGUGCUUUCUGAUGAAAUUUCAGAAGAACCAGCCAUCCAAACACCUGAAGACUCCAAUAAUGAGAAAUUGGAGACAAAUGUGAAUCCACCAGAAAAAAAUGAAAUCAAAGAAGUUGAAUGCUGCAGUGAAAAUGUUACAAAGAAGGAUGGAGACCUGAAAGAAGCUGAUGAAAUUCAUGAUGAACCCUCAGUUAUACCAGAAACACCUAUGAAGUCAUUAGAGCCGACAUGCGUUGGAGUGGCAGCCAUACGCGGGAUCGUUCCUUUUUCUUCCGGAUCCUUUUUUUCAUUGACUCCUCCCAUUACCGAGUCCACUGACGUUUGCUUAUCUGUAAACGAUCAGGUGGAAAAUCCAGCCAAUUUUCCAACUCCGUCACGCGCUCCUCCGCUAAUUGAAUUUCAAAAAGUUCUUCGAGAGCGCUUUCCUACGCCCUUUAUCACUCCAACCGAGAAAAAGGCGCGUCGAGAUGUCAUACGAACCCUACGAUCUCAUCGUCGACCUCAGCUUUCAUCUUGGAAUGUCGUUGAGACCAGAUCCCCCGCUCGCUCCUGUAACUUACGGAAACAGUUGUUUGUCGAUACUGAUUCACUUUCUAACUCUGCAAAUUCAUCGAGUCCAUUGGCCCUGUACCUUUCUCCUGAUACUGAAAAAGAUACUCCCAAAUUCUCUUCGCCCGAUGGCUCAUCACCUGCCUCAUCUAGAAAAUCUUCUAGGAAAAUUUCCACGUCAGAAAAUAAAAAAACUAAAUCCCCCGUCAAUGAAAAUAAUGAAGAAAGUUACACUGAAUUGAAGAAGUCGAUCGAAGGCAACCUAAUGGGAUGCGAGGCAAGCCUGUCAGAUGUUGAGCUAAUGGAUGAGAUUGAGUCGAGCAUUAAUAUGGACAAUGAUGUCAUUUUUGUUGAAUCGACAUAUAAAACAGAUGAUCAUGCGGAAAUUGAAUUUAUUAUCCCGGAAUCAUUUCCUGUAAUCUAUCAGGAUGCCAAACUUGAUGAAUCAUCGAAAUCAUCUAAUCAUUCUGCCAACAAGAAAACACUAAGUCGAUCAUCACAGGAAGAACGUAGAAGAAGCUCACGAUUAGCUGGUAUACCUUUACCUCUAAUAUACUCAACUGAACCACUGCCAGACUGUCGAAGGUCGAUCACCUCUAAAAGAACACCACUUCAGCAACUCACUUCUUCAAAAGAAAACGAAGUUCUAUCCUCUUCUAAGAAGAAACUGCGGGUUGAAUCUGUUGAUGACCUACCGAUACAGCCAAUUACGAAAGAAACACCAAUUGCGGAAGCAACUCCUCCUUCUCAACUGGAUGAUCGUCGACAGAUGGCGAGUUGGAAACAGGUUCGUUUGCAAAUUCCACCUUGCUGGGCCGAUCUUAUUGAAAACCACAUCAAAGAAAAUCAUCCGGACGAGAAGCUCUGGUACCAAGAAGAAGCAUCUGCGCGCUGGCCAAUUGUUUAUUGCAAUUGUGCCCAAUCCAAGAGAGAUUAGAUUUCCCGCAAUCGCUGGCUUAAUCUUUUGUCAAAUAGAGAAAUCCUCUAUUGCAACAGAAGUGACAAGUAUAUAUAUUUUUUUUUUAAUAAUUCCAUAUCAAUUUUUUGCAACAGAAGUGUCAAUCUGCCACACCCCUAUUUGGUUCUGUGUUCAGUUUUAUUUUUUCGUUCUCCGUAUCCCAUAUUUCUUUUCGUAUAAGUUGAUAAACAAUGGGUCCAAUUAUAUUUUGGUUUACAUUCGGUUUAUUUCCAAUCCAGCAAUAAAACUCGUUCAAUUUC